AUGCUCCCUGUCAAAAGGUCUCAUGCCCCAAGUAUUGAUUGGCCAAGACCGGCCUCCAACACAAAUUUCUUGACUUUCAAGGAGAAAGGUCUUCCACAAAAUCCAUCUCAUAUCAUCACAUCCACCGCGCUCAAAAAGCCUCCUACUUCACCCACUUUCCCAGCCGCAAUGGCUAGCGAUAGCUCACCAGAUUAUAAAGCCCUGUACUUCCAGGCAGAAGCACAGCACUUGCAAGCAGAAUCACAGCACUUGCAAGCAGAAGCUCGCCUCCAGCAAACCACUUUUGGCAAAUUUCUCAAUACCUGUCACAGCUUACUGUCCCUUCCAUUGGCAGUCACCCCUCUGUCAAGGUCCACAAAAGGCUCAAUUCCUCCCCCAACUGGGAAAUAUUGCCUGUUGACACUUCACCCAUGGUUGGACUGUAUGGCUACACAACAACAAAUCUUCAUGUCUGUUUGCAGGCACCUACAGCCUAUUGGAGAAAGCACACCACACCUAUUUACACCACAUCACCAGCUCAAAGGUUUUGGUGAAAUGAGCAUUAUUGCUGUACUGUAUAAGAUACCAGAGGCAUGUAAGGAAUUCUGCCUUGAUAAUAGCAUCCAGUUUGAGAAUCAUGCCAACACCUUGAACAAGAUUGAGGACAUUGGGAUUGAUGCACCUGACUUUUCCAGUACCCCAAAUUCCAGAGCAGAUCAGUUUUGUAUCCACCAAAUCAAUGGGAGCACAGAUACUCUUGUCACCACAGUCAAGUACAAACCAUCUCACAAGCUUACUGUAGAAAAUAUCCGUGUGGGGCUUCAGUUAAUGGAUUUCUUGAAAACAGUAGUUAACAUAGAGACUAUUCCAACAGAGAAAUCACAGAAAUUAAUAUACAAUGCAGAACAGCUCACAGAGUUGACAAUUGCUCAGGAAUAUCAUGUGAUGAUCCAGAAAGGUCUCAAGUAUUCAUAUAUAACAAAUGGCUUCUCUCUUAUAUUUCUAUACAUUCCUGAAGAUGAUCCAAGCACACUUUACUAUUAUCUCUGUGAACCCAACAUGGAUGUUCAAAAUGACAAUAUUUUGCAGUAG